AUGUCUCACGGACUUAUUGUCCGCAGUAACGAGGCCUUCACAACAUCAGCACUGUACAAUGUUUUACCGCGCGGGGUAUCUAAAGGUUGGGAACCUCAAGUUCGAAUAUUUGAAGGCUCCACACGGGUGUGCGAACUAAUGAGUAAAACGGACGAUUUGCCGUGGUAUCGGGUCGUCUUUGAGUGGGUUGAUGGUGGAGACGUGGCUACAACAACCGAUAAGCGAUUUUUCGCUCAAACGGUCAUGAUGAAAGGUACUCGGGAUCUCAAUAAAACAAUACAAAGUAGUGGUGAGUUUUUCGAGGUACUUGUACAGUCUUCAAAUGACGGUACGCUGGUGGCUUUAGAGCUCCGAAUAACCGAUCCGCAGGAGGAUCAAAACUUUCGAGAUCUUCUUUUCCGUAUUCGCGAAGAAUAUGAGAUGAUAGACGAGAUGUUGGGCGGCACUGAUUCUUCAGAUGAAUAUGGGGACUUUGUUGGGAACUAA